CUUGGCAACGAAGGUUAGGAGACCGAGCGAAUGCGCAUGUGUGGUCUGUAUCGUCUUGGUCCCGCGCGUGACGUCAGGUGGGCUCCAGGACUUCAUUUGGGCAUUUAAAGGUUUCAUAGCAGAGAGUGAGGAUUAGCUCCCUCACCUCCCUAUGGGCAGCUGGCAGGCAGGAGAGAACCUGCAGCUCUGCCUGUCACAUCGUCCACCUUUGGUUUGUGCUGCACUUGCAUUGUUGCUACUUGGGGCUUCUGGCCUAGGCCUUGGUGGUUUUAUCCUUAAUCAUGGUGAUGGACUUCGAAAUCCUGAUAUCCCUCAGGAUUGGGUCUCCUUCAUGAGAUCUCUGGGUCAACUGACUCUGUGCCCUUGGAAUAGGACAGGUACAAGGAAACCACCUGGAUCCGAAUUUCAUACUGUGAGCUUGAAGACCAGUUUAAACCUAGGAGAUGGUAUCAAGAAUAGGACUCAACAACUACAGGCCACUGUCCAUGGCCACCAACUGGGACUAAGUGGUGAGAGAAGAAAAUGAUGAGAGGGUUAGGAAUAUAACCUGAAAUUCUUCCUUUCCCUUGGUCUCUUAAAAACAUUUUCCUGUCUCUCCCAAGAAUGUGAAAUAACAAUCCCUUACAUUUGAAUUUACAGUUUUCAAGAUGUCUUUAUAUACAUUAUCUUACCUGUCAUUUAAAACUCUGUGGGGGCAGCUGAGUAGCUCAGUGGA